AUGAAGCGGGAGGGAGGUAGGAUGUGCUGGGAAUGGACAUAUCGAGCCCUUCCAAAUACAAACGCGACGUCAUGGCAUCUGGCGCACUCGGGAGCGGGAAUUUGGCACUAUGCGGCGAAAGCAGACGGGGACUACGCAUUCGUGUCUAGAGGGUGGCGUAAGGUUCUCUCCCAUAAUUCUAUAACUUUGGCUAAAUUGUAUUAUCCAUCAGGUGUCCCUACCAUCUUCCUGUCUAACAUGAGGCUCUCGCGUGUCGUACAACCCAUGCAGUUCCUUUAUCCCUCUGAUACCGUUACCGCUGUGUGCCCACUCCUUAUGCCAAUGACUAUUUCUCCUGCCCCAUAUCUUCCUCAACAGCCUCGCCGCUCUCGCAAUGACCAGAUCUCGUCGUGGAGAUUUUCGCUGCAGGCAAGUAAACCGCUCUUUACUCUACAUGGACGUCAAGAUGCACCUUUGAUAAUGGUGCUUGAUGCCAUCGAUACGAACGCCAACAGCACAGCAACGUGGUUUCCAAAUCUUUUGCACAUUGAACCCCCGGUCUCCGCUAGCCAGAUGUUAUUGGAAAAGAGACGACCCGACGAAUGGUUCUCGUCUACAUCACUGCAGGACAAGUCCUCCUUCUCCGUUCUGUUUAUCAAAGAAGUCGGCCAGCAUACACUGAAAAGCGAGCCAUUCGGAUUAGGAUGGAUUGCAAGGUGUUUCGUCAAAGUCGACACCAUCGGGGGCAAAUGUGCUUUAAUGCAAUCUCGGGCGACGUUUAUCUUCUACAUUCUGCCCGACUUUUGCGCCACGAUGCCGUUUCGAAUUCGGGCGAGCAAGGACGCAGCGUUGGUAGUUGCAAGACUCAUUUUCAACACGAACGAUACAUCUCCCACCCAAGGUUCUCCCUGGACAAUGGCUUUUGCGCCACCACGACGUGUCAACAUCUGGCGAGCAAGGGCAUGA